CAUCUACGGCAGAGAUUUAACCCUAACGGUCCAGCAAACUUGAAGAGAAAUUGCUCUGCUCGAAUCAGAACCACAAAGAAUUUCUCAUAGAAACUCCAAUGGCAGAGCCAACAGUAUCAUCACCAAAAGAAAAAGAUGUAAAGGCACCGAAUAUGAUUGAGAGAGCCAAGGAAGAGAUCGAAGCAAUCAUUCACACUAAAAAUUCGCCACACCAUCACAAGGAAACGCAUGGAAGGAGUGAUGACAUUGAUGAGAACACCCGGAUCGAUGAUGAUGUCAAAGGCCCCAAUGUGUUUGAACGAGUGAAGGAAGAGGUCGAGGCCCUUGUUGAAGCAAUUCAUCCUAAGAAAGAAUCCAAAAAUGAUGAGCCAUCUCAGAAGUGAAAGGUGGGUCGAGCUUCUGUCACGAGAUGUUUGAAAAACAUACUGUCAAUGUGAUUAGAAA